AUCAAUUCAAAUUAGCCUAUAUAUAUGGAUUCAUUAUCGUGAAAAAAUGGUUUUAAAAUGGAAUUAUAUAAUAUAUGCAUGCAGCGUAUUUUACUGCAUGUACGCAGUACUCUCGUCAGAUAUCAUAUCGUUUGAAGCAAACGCAACGUUUGUAGAAAACAGAAGCUCAGUCCUUCUUAAGUGUUUAUCUCAAAAACAGGCGUUGGACAUACGUUUAUCUCUGUUCAUGUAAUAUCUUUGGUUGCCAAACUAUAAGUACCGAUUACAUAAUAAUACAGAACACUUCUAGCGACAGUUACAUCGAGAAUUAUCUGACCAUAAAACGUUUCUCAGAAACAAUGACUGGAUCGUACAUAUGUAGAUCGUCGGAUAUUAGACAUUGUAAAAUGAUUAAUCUUACUCUUGCAGUUCCUAUUACGUAUGUGAAUCUAAACCCGACGAACGAUCCAGUGUCGGUCAUUGAUAACACCAGUUAUCAGUUUGAAUGUGAGACAUCCAUUUGUCGCCCAUACGCUACAGUGAAAUGGUAUAAAGACAACAGAACUAUCGAUGACAUUGCUGACGACAUUGACCUUACACACCUAUCAACAUCAAGGCUAGAAAACGAAGUUACAAGAAGCGUUCUACAAGUUCAGCCAACAAAAGUCGACCACGGAAUGAGAUUGUUUUGUCUUGCUAAUAACGGAGGUCCUGACAUAUAUUCUUCGAAGCAAAUUUUGGAUGUAUUGUAUGAACCGAGCAUUCCAAAGUGUCAAUUCAAUAGCUCAAUUGUGAAUGAAAAUAUCUAUAUACGGGAAGGUCAGGAUCUCAGCAUUGAAUGUUCAGCUGAUGGUUAUCCACCCCCUUUUCUGAUUUGGACUUACCCUGGAGGAACUUUCUCCGGUCCUACCCUUAGUUUAAGAAAGGUUGCAAAAGAUGCGAGUGGGAAUUUUACAUGCUCUGCCCAAAAUACUUUGAAACCAACCUAUGGACUAGAAGUCACGCGAGCUACAAGCUUUACCUUUGUUGUUAAUGUUUACGGUAACAAUCUUUCUUACGUACUCUAUCACCUUAAACUCAUAUUAGACAAGGAUUCAAUGAUGUUUAUAUGUUUGUGUCUAGAUAGUAUAUUGUCGAUUCGGCCAUUUCAUUUGAAUGUUCGGUAAAUGGGCUUGUUCCUGGAUUAUUAUUGUAUUUUCAAUGUCACAAAAAAUAAAUUUCCAGUCAUCAUUCGACUUAACAUAGACAAGGAAAUAAAUAGCCCCCUCCCCCCUAAAGGAAGGAGUAUCUGUAUAUUUGUAUACGAGAUAUACGUAAUACAGGACUCGUUACAUUUGAAAAGUUGACAACGGACCGAAUAGAAUGCUACUAUGUAUUCUACG